AUGACCUUCCCCUGCCAAAAACCCAUAUUAUUUGCCCUCAACGGUUGUCACGAGCCACGUGACAGGUUCACUCACCACCUUCUGACGUUCUUUUUUGUCUCGAAACCAAUAAAAAAGAACGUCGGAAGGGAAGAAGUUGCGACGGAGGCCCCAACAUGGCAACAAUAAGCUUUUGUGACGUCGAACUGGGCGCGUUAUUAGGAAGAAAGAAGAUUUCGUGUUUGCGUUUGCACGUCGUCGGGGAAGGUCGUAAACCGACGUGUUUCAGGCCGUCAGCCAUGUACUUGUCGACGGCGUCGUGCAGUCGAGAGCUCUCCCAUUUCCCGGAAGGCGUUCAGCAACACCAGCCCAUGGAGCUCCAUCAUGGAUUCCAGCCCAAGAAUGAGGUGAGUUUGGUAGGAAUGGUCCCACUAGAUUUCCAGAACUAUUGAAAGGUUCAACAAGCUUCAUUUGAAAAUAUUGGCGCGAAAAGAUAAAUUCAAAAAUUUCCCGCAAUUUGUUCACCUAGAAGUACCUCAAAAAAUUUCUUUAGAAUAUUUUUUUCAUAAAUUUUCAUCAUGAAGGCCUUUCUAAAGGUGUUGAAAAUAAGUAGGUCUUUUUAUUAUUGUGGUAGUUUUUUUUAUGCCAACCAUUCCAAGUGCGACCAGUUAAGCUUUAAAAAAGCGACCAUUUGAGCUUAAAAAGUGUGUAAAUAAUUUGUAACCGACCAAAAACUACUUGCGCGUCGCGUAUGAGAAAUUAUUGUAGUAGUUGUUUUUAUGCCAACUGUAACACCUUGAGCCAUUUCAAGUGCGACCAUUGGGACUCUAAAAUCAUUUGCACCCGACUGAAAGCUACUUGCGCGCGGCGUCAUAAGAAAGUGAUAAAUCGAACUUUGAAGGUUUGGCUAUAGACUUUGUUCCGACCGUAAGACUUUGAACCAUUCCAAGUACGACCAUUUGGACUCAAAAAUAACUGGCACCCGACUCAAAGCUACUUACGCACGGCGCCAUAAACGAGCUGUUACAGGCGUUGAGCCAUUCCAAGUGCGACCAUUCAAACAGAAAUAUUUUUAAAUAAUCACUUCAAAUUUAAAAUUCGAAUAAUUUCAUUAUUUUAUUGAUUAAUUUUGCAGGUCCACGAGCACCUGCCCUACUAUGAUCUAACUCAUCAUCCGAGGGUCAAUUUCGGUUCGAAAAAAUAUUUUUUUGACUGAAAAAUUCAUUUUUUCAGAACCAGAGCCUUAUGUCUACAAUUCGGCAAACAUCAUUCCAAGCGAAGAUUAUAGCAAUUGUCACUACAACGGGAUCGAUAAUAACGAUGUGAGCUAGAAAAAAAUUAAUCUUCGAUAAGAAUAUUAAGUGUUAUUAACAAAAAAAUUCAGGGGAAAUUUUUCAGUUUUUUUCCAGAAAAAAAGGAGCCAACAGUUUUGAGGACCGAAAAACGUAAUAAAAAUAGAUUAGAUUUUUUUCAAGCUUUGUUUAGAAAAAAAGUUUGAGAAACAGGAAAACGUUAAGAAACUCGAUUUUUCGAAGAAAAACUCAAGUUGGAUAGCACCUUCCAGCAACGGAAAAAAAGACGUUUAACUUGGAAAAAACUGAAAAACUAGCUUGCAUCUUUGAGAGCAAUGAAAGUCUACUGAAAUUUAUGGAAAAUUGCAGGCGUUUUUUUCUGAUUUUAUCUUUUUCCGACAUUUUUUUAAAGGGAACCGUUUCCAGUGUUAUGUUGAGUGAGGCGAGAUUUGCAGAUAUCAAAAAAAUCCGGAAAAAUGUUUUUUUGAGAUUUUUUUCAGUUUUAUUCUAUUUUUUUACAAGAGAAGGGGAGCCGCCAGUUGAGCUUUUUUUAAUCAUUUUGAUGAAUUUUUGAACUCACGAAAAAAUUAUGUCUGUUGCCGGCUGAAAAAUUGACUUAAUUUUUGCGAAAAUAUUCUCCGGAUUCUUUGAAAAAAAUUAUCAGAUUUUUCGAUUUUUCGGAGCUUGUGAAUCGUCGAAAGUUCUCAUUUCCUUCAUUAAAUUGACACAGGCGAGCUUGAAGGCUUCAUAAUUUACUGAAAGAAAAAAAAUUUUCAUAAAAAAACUUUUUUUAAACUGGAAAGCGAUUCGAAACCCAGAAAAAAAUCUGAAAUUUCAAAAAAAGAUUGAAAUUACAUCCCUAUAGUCCGUUCACCGCGACUUGACAGUUUUCGUGUCUCUGUGUCUCUCUGUUCCCUCGCCCGCGAGGUCAGAGAGAAAAUAGCACGUCAAGAGACACCGAGAGACGAAGAGAGCGCAGAGAAAAAAGAAAAAAAAAUGAUUGAAGGUCUUCUCCGGAAUGUACAUGUCCUCCCCGAUGUCCACCUCGACGUCCUCUUCGAAAUCGGAAUUUUCCGAAGAGGAAAUCGAGUUCGUCCAUCGACUCCCGCCACACAUCGAGAAUAAGGUAGCACCCUAAAAAGGUCGCCAUCAAGCCAUUCCAAAGGUCUAUUUCCCGCCGUCGGCCGUUAAACCGCGCCCGUUCCAGUGCAAGAGACGCGACCGCGAGACUUUGGACCGGCGGAGAGUUCAUCGCUGCAUGCAUCAAGGUUCGUUGCAAAAAUAAGAUCUGUAAAUUGACAUUUUGAAUGAAUAAUGAAGCUGGGACAGGAAAAAGCGCUCAUUUUAGUAUAUCCUGUUCAAAGCGUUUCCGUGAAAUCCAAAAUACCCGUCAGAGAUAGAGAAAUACAACUAAAUUUUGGAGAGUCAGAGAUAAUUUUGCAUUUCUCAAAAAUCACUUGAAUACAGCAUGAAUUUCAAGUAGAAUGACGUCAUUCAAAAACGCUCCGUGGAUGGCUCGCUUUCUGAUUGGUUUAUUGAGCCAUUAGGGGCGGAGCUUGAGCGUUGACUCGACAUUCAAAAUCUUAACAGACUAUUCCAAAAAAAAAAAAUUCAAAACCGUCAAAAUUUUUUUAAUUAUGCGAGAAAUUAAUAACUGUCUCAUUACCAGGUUUUUUUCCCUAAGUUUUUCAAAAAUUAACUACAUAUAAGGAUAGGUCUUUAACUUAAAUAACAUUACGAGCAUAAAAAAAUUUAGAAAUGAAAAAUCUUGGUUUUUUGUAAAAUUCUCAUUUUUUUCCAGGCAUUUAUUAGGUUUUUAUAGUCCGAAACGUUUAUAACUGUAAAAAUCCUAAACCAUCAAAAUUUCUCGAAAUUUUUCAGCACAAAAAACAAGAAAAGAAAGAACAGAGAACAGAAGCUAUACAAGGAAAAAAGAAAAAAAUUAAAAUAAAAGAUGGAAAAAAUAUUGAGACUGAAAAGCACAGAUGCGCUCCAGAGACAAGUCCAGUUACGGUAACUUCUUCCAUUUUUUUGAAAGUUUUUUUCAGUUUUUUUCAACGUUUUUUUGAAGUAAUUUCCGCGAAAUGAAAAAUGUUUCUGAUUCUUAAAAGUUUAGUUAUCUUUUUCAAGCUCUGACGACUAUUUUGAACAUGCCUUUUUUUUUUUAGCUGAAUUCCCAUACCCAAGUUUGCCGUUUCUCUUAACUUUUAAAAUGGAAGAUAGUUUGAAAAAAACGCUUCUCCUAAUUCUUCGUCUUUUCGACUUCUUAAUAGUUUCGGAUAAGUUACGAAAAGACAGGGUGAAAGUAAGGAAAAGGAUUCUUACUCUUACGCAACUGAAGUGAUCCCUAGAAAGGCUCAGAAACGUCCGGAGCACUUCCUUUUUGUGUUACCAACUAGGAAAAUUUUGAGUGGCCACUAUAGUAGUGUUUCAUCCCGUAUUCCUUCCAGUAACUCUGAUAAUUUUAAAAAAAACCGAUUGGAUCAGUUAUGUUGAUCCAUUGACCCCUAAAGUGGCCACUAAAAUUCUUAGUGGUCUGGCAGUAGCACUUAGACCUCUACAGUGGCCCCUAACUAUUUAACCCCUUGAGUGGUCACUAAUUUGACUACUAUAGUGGCCACUAAAACGUCAAAACCCUAUAGUGGCUACUAAAAACUUUUCCAGGAUGUCCGAGGAAACAGAAAAAAACUUUUGCAGUUUUGUCUCCUCUAGAUUUACAAGCAUUUUCCACAAAAACCAACAAUUUUCAUUUGAAGGCUGCGACAAAGUCUACACGAAAAGCUCGCACCUGAAGGCGCACCUGCGGGUCCACACAGGUAAAUCUUUUCGGCCUCUUUUUUCCCCUCAAGUACCUGGGCAAACUCAUUGGCAACAAUCAAUCUUGUACUUGUCGACGCGUUUUUUGCCCCUUUUUCUAGCCUCUGAUUCGGCUGUAACCCGAUAUGGGCCCGCUUUUUGGCGAGCCGAUCAGAGCAAAUAUUUCCGCACUUUUCGGUGGCUCGUACUCGCCUUUUAUGGUCAACACACUUGAUACAGUAAUCCCCUCGUUGAGCACGUCGUUUUCGCGCCAAGACAUGUCGGGGCGGCUUGAAAAAAUUUUUGAUUUUUUUUUUUGAAAUGAGAACUCGUUCUUGUGCGUGGUUGAUAUAUAUGCAUACUUAAUAAUCCUAGAGUGGUCCCUAUAGGGGCUAGGAGUACAAGAGCUCCUAUAGGGGGCACACAAGUAUCCCCUAUAAGGGUUUUUUGUAUUUGCUUUUCAGGCUGAAAAAUGAUUUUUUUUUUUUCGAUUUCCAUGACUUUCCUGUAUCUCACAAAAUUCAAAUUUGAAAAAAAAUAGAUAAAACAGUUUCGUUUGUCUGAUGUCCAUUUUUGAUGAUUUUCUGAUGAAUUUCGCCUAAAUUGAAAAUUCAUGACCGCACGGAGAAUGGAUGGAUUUUUUUUUUCAAAUAUGCAACCGACCAAAAACGGCUUGCGCUUGGAAGAUUUUUUGAAGAACUUUUUUGAUUUUUGGACUUUUCCAGGUGCAAUAAAAGUGUUAAAAAUUGAGAUUUCAGAAGGAAAUCUUUCAUUUUCUGAGGUUUAAAGCCUUUUUUUGCUAUAGCAGUUUGAAAAAUGACAAUUUUUACAAAUUUAAAAAAGAAUCAAUGUUCCUACGGUACCUCUCAAAAGUUCAUCAACCCGAUUGCGGUAAAAUGAAACCCUAAAAAGGGUGUCCUUGGUGUUUUAGUGCUUAAUAAGAGACCCACCGCAGGUCCAUAAAAUUCUCGUCCUCAAUAAAAAUUCCUCCUUUUUCCGUUCGCCGCCAGGUACCCAAUUUGUCCGAUAAUUACAGGUGAUAGUGAAUUAGUAAAUAUUUUCGGUUUUUUGUUGGCUCAACAGAUUAGAAAAGCCAGGGAGGCCGAAAAAUGCCUUGGCUAUGAUAUAUUUGCAUUGGAUCGGCCACACUUCCGCCGCUUCUUCUUUUGGGAAAAUUUUGGGGGUUUAUUAGAUUAGAAGCCUGUUUCGGUUAUGAACCGGAAUUUUUCAAAUUAAUUUUUUUUUCCCAACAAAGGGUCGCUAUAGUGAGAAAGUUCGAAAUUCCGCUUCAUUUUCUCAAAAACACUUCGGAUGUGCUCCGGACGUUUCUGGGCGAUUCAAGGGAUAACUUAAGGGUUCUUACAUCGCUUCAGACGUUUCUGGGCGAUUCAAGGGAUAACUUAAGGGUUCUUACAUCGCUUCAGACGUUUCUGGGCGAUUCUAGGGAUAACUUAAGGGUUCUUACAUCGCUUCAGACGUUUCUGGGCGAUUCUAGGGAUAACUUAAGGGUUCUUACAUCGCUUCAGACGUUUCUGGGCGAUUCUAGGGAUAACUUAAGGGUUCUUACAUCGCUUCAGACGUUUCUGGGCGAUUCUAGGGAUAACUUAAGGGUUCUUACAUCGCUUCGGACGUUUCUGGGCGAUUCAAGGAUCACUUAAGGGCUCUGAAGAUACUGAAGUGGUCACUAAACGUUCCCGUUGGCAAUGUCCGAAUAUAAACUUUUCUUGGUUAUUUUUAAAUGCAAGUCUGAUAUUUUUUUAUCAAUUGCGGAACUAGGAAAUCAAAAUUUUGAAAUCAGAAAAGUUAUUGAUCUUCUUCAAGACCUCUGAGGAUCUUUAGAAACGUCUAAAAAUUUACAAAAAAACCUGAUUUUUUUCCUUUUCAAAUUCUUAAAAAAAUUCAAUUUUUUUAUAUAAGGCUGCAGCCAAUGUACCCAUUAUCAUUAUAAAAAAACCAAAAAAAGGCCAUUUUUUUCAGGGGAAAAGCCUUACUUAUGCCAAUGGCCGAACUGUCGAUGGACUUUCGCGAGAUCCGACGAACUCACGAGACAUUACCGGAAACACACCGGCGCCAAGCCUUUCAGGUCCUUUUUUUGAUUAAUUAUUGUCCCUUUUCAUUUUUUUACUGCCUCAGAAUAAAUUAUUUUUGGAAAAAAAAAUUUUUACAAAAUUAUUUAUUGAAAAAGUAAUCAGAACUAUUUUUCAGAUGUCUCGAGUGUACACGGUCUUUUGCGAGGAGCGAUCAUUUGCAGGUGAAAUUUCAGAUUUAACUAAAAAAAAAUGAUUACUUUAUUUUUAAUAACCUUAGGAGUUACUAUAGAGGAGCAGUUUUUCAUAUUGAUUUUUUUUUUUCAAGGAAAACUAGAAAAUUUGCUCAAAAAUCAGCGGUUUAUAUCUAAUAGAUGCUUUUUUCACAACGAAAAGACUUCAUUCGGUAAACUGGAAAAGAAAAUGGUCGCAUUUGGAAUGGCUCGAAGCGUGGCGGUCGCGUUGCGGCUGCAUUUCAACGGCCGUAUUGGUUGCCUAAAGUGUUUUUCAAUGCCCCCGAGCCAAAGUCGUUUCAAGUCGGGUUAUUAAAGCAACCGGGACGCUUCGAGCCAUUCCAAAUGCGGUCCUGAGCCUUUUUCUAAUGAUUUUUCAGUAAAAUACUUUUUUUGUGGAGAGAAUUUCUCAUAUGUCGGUUUCCCGUUUCGAACAACUUUUUUUAAACUUUUAAACUUUUAUUAGUGAUUCGAAAUCUGGGACUUGAGAAAUUAUCUAAUGACAAAUAUCAACAGAGAUAUGAAAAAAAUGGUUUUAAUCGUUUUUUUGAUUUCAAAAGCGAACAAAAAAGAUUUGAAAGACCCCUAUAGUGACCACUUAAACUUCAGGGGCUUUGGAGUCAGAUCCAAUCCCUAUAGGGGCCUCUCUGGCGCUUCAAACUUUAGGGAAUCUUUUAAUAAUUCGUUAAAAAAGGGCUGAUUGACCGAACUUCAGGGGAAUUAAUUUUUUCAACGGUAGAAUGACAUUGUUUUCAUCCAUUAUUUCAUAAAAUUUCGGUAUUUUUUCGUAUUUCCAAGCUUUUCCAGCUGCACAUGAAGCGCCACGAUCCGUUGUUGGCCUCGACUUUGCCGGAUUUAUCACUGGAAGACUUGGAAAUGCUUGAACAAUAA